AGUUCUUCAAUGGUAAAGAAUUAAAUAAAUCCAUUAUUCCUGAUGAAGUAAUAGCAUACGGUGCUACAGUUCAAGCUGACUUAAUGCUACUCGAUGUUGCUGCUUUAUCUCUCGGCAUUGAAACCGCCGGUGGUGUCAUGAAAACACUUAUUAAGCGUAAUACUACAGUCCCUGCUAUUAAAUCUGAAAUUUUCUUCAAAUAUGAUGAUAAUCAACCAGGAGCGCAUUCUGAAGAUAACAACUUGCUUGGUAAAUUUGAAUUGAUUGAAAUUCCACCAGCACCAAGUGGUGUUACACAAAUCAAAGUCACCUUUGAUAUUAAUCAAAAUGGUAUUUUAAACGUAUCCGCUGUUGAUGUAACAACAGGAAAAUCUAAUAAAGCCAUUACAGAAGAAACUUUCGAGUGUCAAGGAAUGAAAUCGAACGUAUGGAAAGUUACCGGUAAAUUAGACCUAGCAGAUAAGAAAAGACUUGAUGAUAAUAUUAAAGAAUCAAUUGUAUGGCUUGAUAAUAAUCAAGGUGCAGAGAAAGAUGAAUAUGAUAAUAGCAGAAAUCACUUAAGUAUUUUGCCAACUCAAUUAUGA